AUGCUCAAUGAUCGUAGUACUAUUCAUGAGUUUCUAAAUCUAUCAAAAUUACUUGCAUUUCCAGGUGAAUUAACUGAAAGUACAUCGAUAGAUUUUACUUUUCCAAAUGUUGAAAAACCCUAUGAAUCUUAUAUUGGUAUUAAUAUUAAAUUAAGAUAUUUUCUUCGUUUAACAAUUAUAAAACGUUUUUCUAAUAAUGUCUUCGAACGUGAUAUAUGUGUUCAUCAAUUAUCACAAUAUCCUGAAAUAAAUAAUAGUAUUAAAAUGGAAGUUGGUAUUGAAGAUUGUUUACACAUUGAAUUUGAAUAUAAUAAAUCAAAAUAUCAUUUGAAAGAUGCUAUUGUUGGAAAAAUAUAUUUUUUACUUGUUCGUAUUAAAAUAAAACACAUGGAAAUAGCUAUUAUAAAAAAAGAAAAUGCAGGUACAGGACCGAAUAUUUAUGCUGAAAAUGAAACAAUUGCAAAAUAUGAAAUCAUGGAUGGUGCACCAGUUCGAGGUGAAAGCAUUCCAAUACGUUUAUUUUUGGCUGGUUAUGAAUUAACACCAACAAUGAAAGAUAUUCAAAGAAAAUUUUCUGUUCGAUAUUUUCUUAAUCUUGUGUUAGUUGAUGAAGAAGAACGACGUUAUUUUAAACAACAAGAAAUUGUUCUGUGGAGAAAACAAGAUAAAGAUAAAGAUAAAACAAAACAAUCAAGUAAACAAUAUGCUCAUUUUCAACGACCUAAUACUGCUAAUCAAACUGAAGAAAAUGAAUCAGAACGAAAUCCGACUGAAAAUUUACAAGUUAAUGAAGGUUUAUCAUCAGAAAAUAAUAGCGAUACGCCCAGUGAUUGA